CAAUUUCUGAACUUGUGGAUAUGUGGACUUUUUUGGAUUGUUAUUUAUAAAAUGAGGAUUAAACUGAUCAGCUUUUUCCCUUGACGAAAUUUUUGAAGAAUCGACUGGUUUUAGAGCUCUUCCAUUGCACCUGAACGAGGUUGAGCUCGAAUCUUUCAGAUUCCAUUUACCAUGUACCUGAGGAGCAGAAAUAUACAAAUUCCAGUAGCCCCUAGACUGAACUAAACACAAAGAAACAAUAAUGGGUGCUACCGACCAGGCACUUGAGGCUCAAAGCAACGCCACAGAACCCCCAAAGACUCCUCCAGUGCCAGAGCAACGUGAGCGCUUUUUCCUUGGACGACAGGCCAACCUCUGCCACCUGAUUGUGUUACUGUUUAGCGGAGGAUUGGCUGCCAUUACGUUACACAUCUUUACGUCUUCAAAUCUGGGCUGGCGGCUACGCCAGUUGCACCACCUGCCCACCGCCCACUACCUGCAAACACGAGACGAGUUCGCCGUCUACUCCGUGGAUGAACUAAAUGCGUUUAAGGAGUUCUAUGACCGCAGUAUCAGCGACAGUGUUGGGAGCAGCUAUACGGAAGCGGAAGAAACUAACAUUAAAGAGGCUCUGGGUGCUCUUCGGCUGGCCCAAGACAUGUACCUGGCGGGUAAAGACGAUAAGGCAGCUCGACUGUUCCAACACUCUCUGGCCCUGGCGCCACGUCAUCCCACAGUGCUGCUGCGUUACGGCGAGUUUCUGGAACAUAGCCAGCGGAAUAUCGUACUGGCGGAUCAGUACUAUUUUCAAGCAUUGUCCAUCAGUCCAAGCAAUUCCGAGGCUCUAGCCAAUCGUCAGAGGACGGCCGAUGUUGUCCAGUCUUUAGAUGAGCGUCGCUUGGAGUCGUUGGAUUCAAAGCGUGAUGCCCUCUCUGCCAUUCACGAGUCAAGCGCUGCUCUGCGACGAGCCAAAAAAGAGGCGUACUUUCAACACAUUUACCACACAGUGGGUAUCGAAGGCAACACCAUGACAUUGGCCCAGACACGUUCCAUUCUGGAGACCCGCAUGGCCGUAGAUGGCAAAUCAAUUGACGAGCACAAUGAGAUUCUAGGCAUGGAUCUUGCGAUGAAGUACAUCAAUGCCAGUCUUGUGCAAAAAAUGGAAAUCACCAUUAAAGAUAUUCUGGAGCUGCAUCGCCGCGUCCUGGGCCACGUAGACCCCAUUGAGGGUGGCGAGUUCCGCCGGAAUCAGGUGUAUGUCGGAGGCCACGUACCCCCUGGACCAGGAGACUUAGCACUCUUAAUGCAGCGCUUCGAGAGGUGGCUCAACUCCGAGCACAGUAGCUCUCUACAUCCUGUGAACUAUGCUGCCCUAGCACACUACAAGUUGGUUCAUAUUCACCCAUUCAUCGAUGGGAAUGGACGCACCUCCCGUCUUCUGAUGAACACGUUGCUGAUGCGAGCUGGCUACCCGCCCGUGAUUAUUCCCAAACAGCAACGCAGCAAAUACUACCACUUCCUGAAGCUGGCCAACGAGGGCGACAUUCGGCCUUUUGUGCGUUUCAUCGCCGACUGCACAGAGAAGACGCUCGACUUGUAUCUCUGGGCCACCAGUGACCUACCUCACCAGAUCCCCAUGCUGAUCCAGUCAACGAGCGAGGCGGGCGAAGGAGGGCCCCAAUUGCAAAAGUCCCAAAUGGGUGAGGGGGCGUCGCUACCAGAAUUCUACGAGUCCGGCUCUGGAUCAUUACCCUAACACAUGUCCCAACGUUCGAUAACUAGCAAAAUGUUGUAUUUAUUAACUUUUUUGUUGUACAUACUUGUAUAUUUAUCUAUAAGUUCGAAAUUCCCUAGAUAAUUCCCUUUUUUAUUUAAUACAAUGUGUAUCAGACUGUGAUCGUAUAUAAGCUUAAAGAACGCACCAAAAAUCGAUCGUAAGAAUCAAAUAUCAUAGGUACUUUGGCUUACAAAACCAAAGUAAAGGAAAUAUUAAGUAAAAUAUAAAGCUUGUAAUGAUUGUGUGAAAAGUGCAAUAAAAAAUAUUCCAAAAUUGAAC